GCCGGUCGAUCUCCUCAUCGAGAGAACCAUCAUAUUGGACCUCCUUACUCGAGGCAAGGAUUAUUUGCUCUGAAAGUCUGAACUGACAGAUGGCGGCGACAAUGGCGGUGACGACGAUGGUGACCAAGAGCAAGGAGAGCUGGACCCUGCAGCUCCCGGAGAUCGCCCUCCCUUGGAAGCCACGAGGCGGCGGCAAGGCCGAGCUGGAGUUCCCUCGCCGGGCGAUGUUCGCCAGCGUCGGCCUCAGCGCGUGCCCGGGCGUCGCGCCGGGGCGCGACCCGCGUGAGCGCGGCGCGAAGGCUGGGCCCGCCGACAACUGCGACAUCGCGCGCCAGCUCGGCGCCGCCGUGCCCGGGCAACAGGCGGCCGGCGAGGCGGCGGCGGCGGAGGAGGAGGACGUGAGGAAGAAGAAGAAGGGCGGCAAGAAGCAGCUGGCCCUGGGCGGCGGCCUGAGGAAGGUGAGGGUCAAGAUCGCCAAUCCGCACCUCCGGCGCCUGGUCAGCGGCGCCAUCGCCGGCGCCGUGUCGAGGACGUUCGUGGCGCCGCUGGAGACGAUCCGGACGCACCUGAUGGUCGGCAGCAGCGGCGCCGACUCCAUGGCCGGGGUGUUCCAGUGGAUCAUGCAGAACGAGGGCUGGACCGGCCUGUUCCGCGGCAACGCCGUCAACGUCCUCCGCGUCGCACCAAGCAAGGCUAUUGAGCAUUUCACCUAUGACACAGCCAAGAAAUUCCUGACGCCCAAGGCCGACGAGCCACCGAAGGUCCCGAUCCCCACGCCUCUGGUCGCCGGAGCCAUGGCCGGAGUUGCCUCGACCCUCUGCACCUACCCCAUGGAGCUGAUCAAGACCAGGGUUACCGUCGAGAAGGACGCGUACGACAACGUGGCGCACGCGUUCGUGAAGAUCCUGCGCGACGAGGGCCCGUCGGAGCUGUACCGCGGGCUGGCGCCGAGCCUGAUCGGCGUGGUGCCGUACGCGGCCUGCAACUUCUACGCCUACGAGACGCUGAAGCGGCUCUACCGCCGCGCCACCGGGCGGCGCCCCGGCGCCGACGUCGGCGCGGCGGCGACGCUGCUCAUCGGGUCGGCGGCGGGCGCCAUUGCGAGCACGGCCACGUUCCCGCUGGAGGUGGCGCGCAAGCAGAUGCAGGUGGGCGCCGUCGGCGGGAGGCAGGUCUACCGGAACGUCCUGCACGCCAUGUACUGCAUCCUCAAGAAGGAGGGUGCCGCUGGCCUGUACCGCGGCCUGGGUCCGAGCUGCAUCAAGCUCAUGCCGGCUGCAGGAAUCUCCUUCAUGUGCUAUGAGGCCUGCAAGAAGAUCCUCGUCGACAAGGAGGACGAAGAGGAGGAUGGCGAAGCUGGCGAUGGGGACGAGGACAAGAAGGCCGCUUGAUCAAGUGGAUGGCAAUGGCAUUGGAGACCAAGAUCUUGCGAAGCCUGGAACGAGAAAAGAAUGGAGAAUAGUACAUUUGGUGUGUUCAGGUCGUAUGUUUGUAUUUCAUCGAGUACUAUGUUUGGAGUUAAGAGUUUGCGUUUUCAUGUUCCAUAUUUGUAUUAUUUGUACUUUAUUUGCCUAUUUGGAGUUCAUUAGCUGUCAUGUUUGCAUGUUUGUGUUUGCACUAUACUACCUGUCGUGUCAAGUUUGUGUUAGUACUACAUUUGAAUAUUUGGAGUCCAAGUUGUUGCGUUUAGUAAACAAUUGCAUUCAGCAAGUGAUGCGUUCAAUUUGG